AUGGAGAGAUUCUUGAAAGGAGCCCUUAAAGAAGCCCGUGUAAUUAGGAGUUGUAGGAGUCCUGACAGCACCCUUCCUUGGACUCCGUGCACAGCCCUUCUAAGCUCUCCGAAGCGCCGUCUGUUGAGGCCGAUGGUUGCUGAGCUGAAGACACUGCCCUCCGCUUCCGACGCAGAGACGGGAGGCUUGCACGAUGUCGGCCUGGCCUGGCGCGAAAAUGUCUGCGACCUUGGCGCCCAUUUCACUCGUGAUGCUUCGGAGUGGCUUGGCUCCUGGGCGGAAACUCCUGUCAGUGCAGCUGCUUCACAGAUUUGGCUCCGGAAUGCGAGCCCAGUGCUCGGCUUCGACGCAGUUGCCAAGGCCCAGUGCGCCGAGAUAGCCUGGAAACUGCAGAGUCCAAGGUGGACCACGGAAGACCAGGCGAUGGCGAGCUACGCUUCGUCAGAAAGGUCCAGGCCGCCAAAGCGUCUUCGACGCGUGACUGCUGAUCGCACAGCAUCCGGGUCGCCUGUGCCGGGGUACUUGGAGGAUCAUGGGACUUAG